UCUUCUCAUAAGAGCGCUGUGUGGAGCUUCUGAAAUUUGUGGAGAUUUUUCUCUGCAGAUGCAGCAAGAAAGCAGGUGGAUGGGUGAAUAAGUAUGACCUUGCUCCUGGUCUCCUUGCUGGCAUUCCUGAGCUUAGGCUCAGGAUGUCAUCAUCGGAUCUGUCACUGCUGGCACAGGGUUUUCCUCUGCCAAGAGAGCAAGGUGACAGAGAUUCCCUCCGACCUUCCCAGGAACGCAGUUGAACUGAGGUUUGUCCUCACCAAACUUCGAGUCAUCCCAAAAGGAGCAUUCUUGGGAUUUGGGGACCUGGAGAAAAUAGAGAUCUCACAGAAUGAUGUCUUGGAAGUAAUAGAGGCAAAUGUGUUCUUCAACCUGUCCAAAUUACAUGAAAUUAGAAUUGAAAAGGCCAACAACCUGCUAUACAUCGACACUGAUGCCUUCCAGAACCUUCCCAACCUCCGAUAUUUGUUAAUAUCCAACACAGGUAUUAAGCACUUGCCAGCUGUUCACAAGAUUCAAUCUCUCCAAAAGGUUCUACUAGACAUUCAAGAUAAUAUAAACAUCCACACAGUCGAAAGAAAUUCUUUCAUGGGGCUGAGUUUUGAAAGUAUGAUUUUAUGGCUGAAUAAGAAUGGCAUUCAAGAAAUACACAACUGUGCAUUCAAUGGAACCCAACUAGAUGAGCUGAAUCUAAGUGAUAACAUUAAUUUGGAAGAAUUGCCUAAUGAUGUUUUCCAGGGAGCCUCUGGACCAGUCAUUCUAGACAUUUCAAGAACCAGGAUCCAUUCCCUGCCUACCUAUGGCUUAGAAAAUCUUAAGAAGCUUCGGGCCAAGUCAACAUACAACUUGAAAAAGCUUCCCAGUCUGGAUAAGUUUGUCGCACUCAUGGAGGCCAGCCUCACCUACCCUAGCCACUGCUGUGCCUUUGCAAACUGGAGACAGCCAAUCUCUGAGCUUCAUCCAAUUUGCAACCAAUCUAUUUUAAGGCAAGAAGUUGAUGAUAUGACUCAGGCUAGGGGUCAGAGAGUCUCUUUGGCAGAAGACGAGGAAUCCAGUUACACCAAAGGAUUUGACAUGAUGUACAGUGAAUUUGACUAUGACUUAUGCAAUGAAGUGGUUGAUGUGACUUGCUCCCCUAAGCCAGAUGCAUUCAACCCAUGUGAAGAUAUCAUGGGGUAUGAUAUUCUAAGGGUCUUGAUAUGGUUUAUUAGCAUCCUGGCCAUCACAGGGAACAUCAUAGUGUUGAUGAUCCUGAUAACCAGCCAAUACAAACUCACAGUUCCCCGGUUCCUUAUGUGCAACCUGGCCUUUGCUGAUCUCUGCAUUGGAAUCUACCUACUGCUCAUAGCAUCAGUUGAUAUCUACACCAAAAGCCAAUACCACAACUAUGCCAUUGACUGGCAAACUGGAGCAGGCUGUGAUGCUGCUGGCUUUUUCACAGUCUUUGCCAGUGAGCUUUCAGUCUAUACCCUGACAGCCAUAACAGUGGAAAGAUGGCAUACCAUCACCCAUGCCAUGCAGCUAGAAUGCAAAGUACAGCUCCGCCAUGCUGCCAGCAUCAUGCUGCUAGGCUGGAUCUUUGCUUUCACGGUCGCCCUCUUUCCCAUCUUUGGCAUCAGCAGCUACAUGAAGGUGAGCAUCUGCCUGCCCAUGGAUAUUGACAGCCCCUUGUCACAGCUCUAUGUUAUGUCCCUCCUUGUGCUCAAUGUCCUGGCCUUUGUGGUUAUCUGUGGCUGCUAUGCUCACAUCUACCUCACAGUGAGAAACCCCAAUAUUGUGUCCUCCUCUAGUGACACCAAGAUCGCCAAGCGCAUGGCUAUGCUCAUCUUCACAGACUUCCUCUGCAUGGCACCCAUCUCCUUCUUUGCCAUCUCUGCCUCCCUCAAGGUGCCCCUCAUCACUGUGUCCAAGUCAAAGAUCCUACUGGUCCUGUUCUACCCCAUCAACUCCUGUGCCAACCCCUUCCUCUAUGCCAUCUUCACUAAGAACUUCCGCAGGGAUUUCUUCAUUUUGAUGAGCAGGUUUGGUUGCUAUGAAAUGCAAGCCCAAACUUAUAGAACAGAAACUUUAUCCACUGCCCACAACUCCCAUCCAAGAAAUGGCCACUGCCCUCCAGCUCUCAGAGUUACCAAUUACACACUUGUCCCUCUAACCCAUUUAGCCCAGAACUAAAACAUUAGGUGCAAAAUGUAUCUCAGUGUCAAAGGAUAACUGAAGUCUCACUUUUGAAGUAUAUGCCAUGGCAUAGCUGUCAGAGUACUCUACAUACUUCAUCCUAUUUAAUCUUCCUAGCACACCUGUAAGGUAAAUUGCUCAGGAACUAUUACUCCAUAUGAUAGAUUAAGAAGCUGAAGUAGUAACAACAUUCAUAAUUAAAACAAUACAUUUGUUUUAUGCUUUAUGAUGUUCACAGUGCUUUUGUUCAGAUCAUCCCAACUGAUCCCUAUAAAAGUCCUAUUAACCAGGAUUAUUCUUGGAGUUUUAUAGACAAGUAUAUCAAGACUCAAAGGAUUAAGUGACUUGUUCCAGAUGGCUUGGCUUAUAAGAAGCAGAGCCACAAUUAGGUGUUCCGAUUCCCAAAAAACUUCCAAGGGAAGCAGCACAAUGUUCAUUCACUCAUUCAUUCAUUCAACAAAUAUUUACUGAGUACCUAUGUGAUGGCUUUGUUAUGCGUCAGCUUCAAUAAGGUAAACUACAUUUCCCAGAAUCCCCUAUGUGCUUCCCAUCAUGAUGGGCUACAGAGAAGAUUGUUGGGAAAAGAGAUUAAGGGAAACUCUAGCCAUUUUGUCACUCUUACACUUUGUUGCUGAUCUGCUGAUUCAGCUCACUGCUAUGGAGCAGCCACUGGGCCUGGAAAUGCUCUAUCUUCCCUUGGAUCCUCCAGGCAGUCUGACUCCUGAGCCAGGUACAUGUGCUUCAUUCAAUGAUGAAGAACCUCGGCUGCUGCAAAAUUCUUUUAUGACCAAGGGGAGAGGCAACAAGAAGGAAAUGGGGCAGUUUUAUCUUGUGGGGUUCCAUCUCAUGCGGUGGCUUCCAGCAUGCUAGUGGUCUUCCCUUUAUCACUGCCUCUGUUGUGGACUUGAGCUCCAGCAUGAGAUGCAUGCCUGGUUCUGCUUCUUUAGUUAAAGCCUAAUUUGUAGAAGAUAGAGCCUACUAUAUGGCAUGUAUGUAGAUUAUAAUUUUAAGAACCUAGUGGCUUUGGAAUUAGAGCUAAGACUUUAUCAUAAAUCCUCGAUAAGUGAGGACACUAUAGUAUCUCUCCAGGCUCAACUUAUUCAUGUUAAUUGGAAUUGGUUAGAAUUCCUAACUAUUGGGCUUAUUGUGAGAAGUGAAUAAGAAAAUGUUAAGUGCUUUAGUGUUAUAGUAGGCUUGAUACAUUUCAGUUUACCUUUCUCCCCCUAGACCAAUGCCCAGUACUCCUGACCCUUGAUCUAGAACUCAUUCCAUUAUACCAUAUUGUUCCUAAUAAGUAACUAUAUUUCCCAUAUUUAUUUUCCUGAAAGACCCAGUCUAGAAAACCUGGACCAUAAAUUCCAACCAUAAAUCUCCACCAAGCACUGUUCCAUAACCACCUCACAAAGCUCUCAGUCUCCUCUCAGAGUAUGCUCUUUCCAUGUUGAAGCCAAUCCUUCCUCCUCUUGCCUUAGGGCAAGCAUUUCAUAACUUUGUCCCAAAUGAAUUAACAAGGAAGUUCGUAUAGGGCUGGAAGAAAAAGCAAUCAUUUCUCCCUAUGUGCCCUGGCAUCAUCUUGAUCUGUUGUGAGCAUCAAGUGAACAAUAGAAUGGUUAUCUUUAAAAAUAGUGUAGACCAGGGUGUCUGGCUGGCUCAGUGAGUUCAGCGUCCAACUGUUGAUUUCAGCUUAGGUCAUGAUCUCACUGUUUGUCAGAGGGAGGCCUGGGUCAGGCUCUGUACUGACAGCACAGAGCCUGCUUAGGUUUCUCUCUCUUCCAAUCUCUCUCUGACCCUCCCCCACUCAGUCUCUCUAAAUAAACAUGAAAUACAUAAAAAUAAGUAGUCUAGACCUAGGCUCUUCAGUACAGUAGCCACUAGCCUCAUGUGGCUACUGAGCACUGGAAAUAUGGCUAACCGGUAUGAGACAUGUUAUAAGUGCACACAACAGACUUGAUUUCAAAUAGUUACUGCAAAGAAAAAAAUAAAGGAUGUAUGGUAACCCAGUAAUUUUUUAUACUGACUACCUACUGGAACACUACUAUUUCGAACACAUUAAGAAAAGUGUAAAAUUAAUUUCAUCUAUUUCUUUUGACAUUUUUAAAUGGAGCUACUAAAACACUUAAAGUCACCUAUGUAGGUCAUGUUUGUGGCUUAUGUUAUGUUUCUAUUGGAGAACACUGGUCUAACCUGACACGAAAAUAAAGCAUUUUCAUUUAGCAUUUUCCUCUCUGGCCCCCACACAAGUUUGUCACACUGUUGGGUGUCCCAGCUCCAUCUGCAGCCAUACUUCAUCCUUGUUUAUGUCCAAAAGGAAUAGGUUUCUGAAUUUGGACUCAAAAGCAAGUAGCAGCUAAAUUAAAACUAGGAUACAGUAUUAAUUAUUUUACAACAUAGCUGUUGAUAACACAUUGGUUUAACAGAUAGUGGUUCUAAGAGGCAAGAAUAUGUUUAAAGAUAAAUAAACGCCAAGAGAAGCUCAUAAGACUUUUGUUCCAUCACUUUAUCACUACAACACUUCCUGUAAGAGAUGAGACUUUCCUUAAAAAAGCAAACAUAUUUAUAGGGAGCUAAAUUUAGUGCUCCAAAACUCUUAAGUCUUAAGGGAAAAAU